UGGGCAGUCGACACAGAGUGGAUGAUAUAAAAAGGUGCCGGUGAUAGCAGAGCAUCAUUCAGUUGAGGAUCUUCAAUCGUGCAGUACAUUCAACCAGUAGGCAGACAUGAAGGUGUUCAUUGUGUUCUCUGUGGCCCUGGCCCUUGCCAGCGCGGCGGUAGUCGACGAUUCGAAGAAGGAAAAGCGCGGACUGUUUGAGCUGGGAUCGUCUCAACAGGAAUCGUACGAAACCUACGGCUAUGACCACCAACAAUCUCACGGAUACUACGGUAACGACUACGCCGAGAAGGAAGUGAAACAGAUCAUCACGAAGAAGGUCCCAGUACCAUACCCAGUGGAGGUCGAGAAGCGCGUGCCAGUCGAGGUGAAGGUCCCAUACCCAGUUGAGGUUGAGAAGAAGGUCCCAGUGUACGUCGAGAAGAAGGUCCCGGUGUACGUUGAGAAGAAGGUUCCAGUCCACGUUGAUCGUCCAUACCCGGUGGAAGUGAAGGUCCCAGUCCAUGUCCCAGUUUACCAGAAGGAAUACGUCGAGGUCCCGAAGCCAUACGCAGUUCAUGUCGAUAAGCCCUACCCGGUGUACGUGAAGCAGCCAGUGUACGUCGAGAAGCAGGUUCCAGUGACGGUGCACAUCAAGGAGCACCAGAAGAAACCCUUCUGGGGUUGAUGUGAUGCUUGCGAGAUGUUACAUACUGGUAGAAUAAAGAUUCAAAACUGAUCUUCAAACGAUUGUGUUA